CGAAAUACAUUGUUGGGUAUAUUUACCAGUUGGCCGUCGAUUCCAAGUCACUGCAACGUCUGAAUUCAAACCUUGCUAAUCAUGUCUGGACGAGGAAAGACCGGAGGAAAAGCAAGGGCGAAGGCCAAGACCAGGUCAUCCCGUGCCGGGCUCCAGUUCCCCGUUGGCCGUGUGCACAGACUUCUUCGCAAAGGCAACUAUGCCCAUCGCGUCGGAGCCGGAGCUCCAGUCUACCUGGCUGCCGUGCUUGAGUAUCUGACCGCUGAAAUCCUGGAGUUGGCUGGCAAUGCUGCUCGUGACAACAAGAAGACCCGCAUCAUCCCCCGCCAUCUGCAGCUGGCCGUGCGUAACGACGAAGAGCUCAACAAACUCCUCGGUGGAGUGACCAUCGCUCAGGGCGGUGUGCUGCCUAACAUCCAGGCCGUCCUUCUGCCCAAGAAGACCGAGAAGCCCGCCAAGAAGUAAACUGAAAACCCAUCUACAUUCCACAAAAGGCUCUUUUAAGAGCCACUCAAAUCUACUAGGAGAUAUUCCGUCCAGAAAGUCAACUGAAAUAAUAAUUUCUAAUGAUUAGAAGCAGGAAGCCCCAUUCAGAUCAUCUUUAAAUCUUUACAUUGACGUUUCAGGAAAGGCUGGACAUAAUAGGCUCCAUCAAAACAAGAUAAAAGCAAUCAUCUGAAGUUUCAAGUGGCCAAUAAUUAUGUUGAUAUGGUCCCUGGUUUGCUCAAGGGCAUUAUUUUCUCAAAAUGUAAACCCUUUUUUGUGCUAAACAUGAUGAAUGGCAUAACAUUUAGUUGCUACAAUGAGCUUUCAAUGUCUUACGUCUCCAGUAAAAGCAAGAGGUGCUAAAACGCCGGUUGUAAAAGU